AUUCUCUCGGAUCACAACGGUUCAGACGGUAAUGUGCAAGAGGAGUCGUGCAGCAUCUAGAUAUAUGCAAGCAUUCUUCUUCCUUAAAUUGACAGAAUCAACUUCUCACAGCCCUUCAAUGGCGUCACCCAUGAAAAAGUUUGCGGCCAGCGAGGUCGUGUUGCAUAAGCAAAAAGAGAAUCUGUAUCUUCUUAUUCAUGACAAGGUCUACGACGUCUCGAAAUUCAUCGACCAACAUCCAGGCGGGCAGUCAGUGCAACUCGACCAAGGUGGGUUCGAUGCCACUGAAGCUUUCGAGGAGGUUGGCCAUAGCGAUGCCGCGAUCGAAUUCAUGAAGACCUUGCAGAUCGGAGUAUUGGAUCGCCAGCCUGGAGACGAGAAGAUCCUGGUUUCGUCAGGAAGCGCAUACAAAAACUAUACAAAGGCCCCCAGCAACCCCAGCCAGUGGGGAUCGUUGCGUUUUCUCUUUGCUUUUGUGGUUGCAAUUGCAGUUUUUGCAGCAUGGACAGGGGUUCAGAGAUAAGCUCGCUUGAGCCAGUUAUGCCGUCCACACACUCGAUAAACUCCAAUGCAAUCUGUCUAGUGGCAUCCUGUUGCACGGCGGGACAAAGCUAGUGAAGAUGCAUACCCUCAGUGUGAGUAGCAACCGAACAGAGCGGGCACGGGCAGUGGAAUAGCGUAACGAUGAAGUCCCUAUUGCAGCAGGCAAGUUGGGAACUGGGAAGAGUCGGCAAUGUACGGAAUUAGUGGGGAAUAAGCUAAGGGUGCCUGCAACAACCAAUCUUGAGUGCGUGAGUGGUCAGGUAGCCUGUUCAAUGAUGUACAGGGAGAGUCUGAAAUUACUCAGGAUGUUGAAACUACCCAGGAUGACGACACCACUGGGACGAAACCACUCAAGCCGGCGAAAUCACUCAGAGUCCAAUUAGAUUGGUUAUCCUUCUCCUACAGUGGUUUGCAAAACUGGCUUCCCUAUAGAACACGC